AUGGGCUCUGACAUGCGCUCAGACACAGUCCGGGGAAGCACCGAUUAUGAGAGAAUUCUUACUGCCACGCAACGUCUUGCCAACGCAUUGAUACCGGAUCACCCGCUUUUCAUGACAUUCCAUGACGGCCAGGUCCAUGAUCCUUUAGGUGGUGGUGCGUACGCUUUCCAGAAUGACAUCGUGGGGCCGAUGUUACUGGCACUACUCGAAGAUGAAGCAGCCCAUGACUCAGUCGCGACUCGCGACGAACUCAUGAGUUCGAACGGCCUUCCCACGCGCCCGAUCGUUAUUGAUGCUGGUCUCCAACCCAACAACUCCCCUCAUUUGGGGACAUUGGUAGUUUUCUGCUAUGCAUUUUCAAUCGCCAAAGGCAUUCGUGACCGGAUGCGCGUCCUGGAAGCUAGCGGGAAGGAUAUUCCACCGUCAGUCACUGUCCUCAUCACGUUUGUCGACACCGCCCCGGUAAAAGACAAAGAAAUGGAAGUUGAAGGAAUCCAAUAUCAGAGGUCGCACAGGGAUGUUCAGGAUGCACUGAGCACGUAUAUGGCCGAUUAUGAAGAGGUGGUUAGAUAUCUGUCUAUGUGGGCCGAUGUUCCAGUCAAUGUAGCGUUCCAGGCCGACUUCUUUUCAAAUUCCUCGAUGCCGGUGCUUCUCAACUACAUGAUUCUCCACCAUGAGACUCUCGGGCGUCAGCUUUCCCCAAAAUACGGCUCGCUUGCACUCCGCUCAGCAUGUCCAGUACCAGGCUGCGGUCUCGCGGAGAAGCACGGUCGACUGAACGAAUACAGAGCGGAUAAUAAUGGCCAGGACGGUAUUAUCACUUUUCAUUGUCCACAUCACGGCCCACACGCUGUCAGACUCUCUUGCCCUGCGGAGACUGCUCGUCUUGAAGCGAAUGCACCGACGCGGAAUCUACUGCGCAGUAUGACGCACCUCCUUGACACUACCACGCACCAUAUCCGCGUCACAGGCGCCGAUUACGCUGGAGUGUAUCAGGAGAUGUUCCUUUACCGCCCUCUCGCUGCUUGGUCAGCCAUCACAGGUCUAGCCCGUGGACGGACACCUCACAUCCUGUACGCACCCCUGAUCGUGGACUGGAGCGGCGCGAAGCUAUCGAAGUCACUCUACAUCCGUGACGGUGCGUACGAAUUCAUGAAACAACAAGGAAUGGAUGGCUUCUGUAGCUAUGCCCGAUUAAGAGAGCGAUUUGGGGGUGAUGGAUCUGAAGGGUUGCGUAAGAUUUGGGAUGAGGUGCAACGUUGGAUGGCGGAUCCAAAGAAACUGUUCAGAUCAUUCUCGGUGGCAUAUUUCCAUGCUAUCAUCUUGCGGGAUGUUGGAAGUUGA